AUGGCGAACCCCACCCGCUCCCAACCCGCCCCCAACUCGCGCCUUAGCACCGUGCCCUCGCAAAAACCGCGCCAACUAUCCCAUCUCCAAGCGCAGCUCGCGCAGCUCACGGCAAACAUGGCCGACUUGGAGAGCCUGAUGCGCAUGACGGCCGGUCAGGCGCAGGAUAUGCGGGCUUUGGGUGGGUAUUCGGGUGCCAUGUUCAUGGCGUCGAGUAAAGUGUUAGGAGAGGAGACGGUCAAGGGCGGGGAGAAAGGCGGGGAGGACAGGGAGGGCGAGAAGUGA